CAUGCCCCAGUCUCUAAUUUGAACCCUUUUCCCUGGUUUUAGCCAGACUGAGUUCUAACAGCACGAUGUUGAGCCAGAACAGGAAGAGUUCUCUGCACGCUCUUCUCGCAUUAUCGCUGUCAAUCUCAGCCCAAUGCACAACGACCUACUACAUUAACAAGGUAGCCGACUAUUCAUCCUUGUCACAAUGUGCGGUCGCCCCGCUCAGCAGUGUCGUCCGGGACAUGGUGUCUGGCUGCGGUGACGGGGGCAAAUACACAUCCUACAGCUGCUUUUGCACCGCCAGCUCCUCCGAGUUCAAUCACAUCAUCUCCUCCGGCGUCGAAUCGAAUUGCGGAACAAACUCAGAGAACCAGAUCUCGACGGCGUUAGCGGUCUUCCACAGCUACUGCAUGUUCAACGCGACCGGGACAACGACAACCGAGCCAGUUCAGUCUGCUAGCACAUUAUCCACCACAGCAUCGACCCUCUCAGCUACGACCUCCUACACGACAAGCACUGCCGCCCCAGCUGCCUUCGUAACGACCACGCCCAGCCCCGUCGCUACAUCAACAACAGAAACCACCAGCGUACCAUCCACACCAUCGCCAAAUCAGACCCAGGCAUCCACCAGCAAGGCCUCCAGCUCGCUAAGCACAGGCAGCAAGGCCGCUAUCGGCGUCUGUGUUCCCAUCGCGGCAAUCAGCCUCGCUGCGGCCGCGUUUCUUCUGGUCCGCAAACGGUCGCGUCGCGCACAGCGGGAUCACAACGGGAUGAUGCUGGACUCCAGCGCUCCCACGCCGCGAGAGCCCAACAGCCCGACCGAGAUGAGACCGGAGAUGUGGCAGCGAUACGAGCUGUCGGAGGACGCGAAGCGGAAGAGCACCCACCUGUAUGAACUAUCCGGGGAUGGUCCGUCGGCUGGGAGGUGAGAUAGCGGCAUGAAUAGCCCAUGAGAAUUCUGCAGCGGUCAGAAGUUUGAUGCUGCUGCUGCUGCUGCUGCUGCUCGUUGGCGUGAAUAAAUUUCUUUCUUUCUUU